AUGAAAAAUUUAUUAAAUACAUUUAUAUACUUAGACGCGCCAAGUGCUUGAGGUUUAUAUUUCCAAGAUAGUGCUACUCCACAAAUGGAAGGUUUAGUUGAGUUACAUGAUAACAUCAUGUAUUAUUUAGUAUUAAUCUUAUUUAGUGUAGGAUGAAUACUCUACUCUAUAAUAAAAAACUUCGAAGAUGCGCCUAUAUCACACAAGUAUUUAAACCAUGGUACUUUAAUCGAGUUAAUCUGAACUAUAACACCAGCAGUUAUAUUAAUACUUAUAGCCUUUCCAUCUUUUAAAUUAUUAUAUUUAAUGGAUGAAAUAAAUGAUCCCUCGAUGACAGUUUUAGCAGAGGGUCACCAAUGAUACUGAAGUUACCAAUAUCCUGAUUUUAUAGAUUCUAAUGAAGAAUUUAUAGAAUUUGAUUCAUAUAUAGUACCAGAAUCUGAUUUAGAACAAGGUGGAUUAAGAAUGUUAGAAGUAGAUAACAGAGUUAUAGUACCUGAAUUAACACAUAUUAGAUUUGUUAUAACAUCAGGAGAUGUUAUACACUCUUUUGCUUGCCCUUCAUUGGGUAUAAAAUGUGAUGCAUAUCCAGGUAGACUAAACCAAGUUUCAGUUUUUAUAAAUAGAGAAGGAGUAUUUUAUGGACAGUGUUCAGAAAUAUGUGGAAUAUUACACAGUUCUAUGCCUAUAGUUAUAGAAUCUGUAAAUAUAGAGAAAUUUGUUCAUUGAUUAUAUAAUGCUUAA